AUGUCAUCUCAGAGAAAUCAGCCCAAGACACCGGCCGGAUCGUCGCGGUUCAAGCCUGCCACAACACCAUCUAGCUCACUUAGUGUGGUUGAACGGGAGCGUCGUCGUAGGAACAUUGAAGCUGGUCUCAUGAGCUCGCAGAAAGACUCAGAUUCUGCCACCAGGCAUAUCACCAACACUGUCGGUCGGCAUCAUAGCAAUUUGCAAAACAUGCCAGCCUCAGGUUUUUUAAGUCAGGGAGGGGAAAAUUACGUAGGCAUUGGUUCCCGCAGCAUUACAGCCGACAGUGGAUGUUUUUCCUCAACAAAACGUUUUCGCGUGGACAACGACGAACUUGAUGUAGAUUCCUCUUUUCCCCAGCCUUCUACUUCAGACGUCUGUAUUCAGAUUGCUCUCGCUUGCGCUGAUAUCCCUGACGAUGUCAUACAGUAUCCAGUUGAUGAAGAGGAGAGGUUCUGGCAGUCACCUCCCCGUGACGAAGUCGGCUCAAGCAGCAGGGAACCAAUAUUGCGCCUGGCAGACAUCCUACCUAACCCCCAGACUCCCCCACGAGAAUGUAGUUCACCAAAUUACCUUCAUCUAGACGAAACUCCUCAUAGCAUGAGCGGCAGAACUGGGAUUCUGACUCCUCCAUCGUCAGGCUUGACGUCCGGACAUGGGGUGGGCCCAUUAUUGAAUCAAUCUGACCAGUUUCCCCAGGACUCACCGACGACGCGCAAAGGCAAGGAACGAGACGAUCGCCGUCGCCUUUUAUCACAGUGGGAGAGAAUACAGGACGAUCCGGGCAGUCCAUUCCACCAGUAUGCCGCUACAGUGCGUCAGGAAUUAGAAUCAGAGCCUCAAUCGCAGAGGUCCAUCCAAUCUCUAGCAGACCCUUCCGCAGUUGAGGACGCGGUGACAGCGGACUCAGCUGCCACACAUUUAGCUGAGCUUGCCAACUUGCCGGACCAUAUCCGCAAGCUCGAGAGAAAGCAAGCGGCAGCACAGAAGAGCAUUGACGCAAAAUCGAGGAGAAUCAAAGAGUUAGAAGACAUUGUUGAGGGCAAGGAACAGAUUCCUUGA